ACGCUAUUUUUUUCGUCCCAACACCCACAACAGACACGAGAAAAAAAUGAGCACACCAAAAUUCACCCUGCCCCCCAUCCACGACACGCCCGACUCGCCCUGGGGCCCACCCCCGCUCUCCUCGCUCCCCUCCUCGCUAACGGACGUCCCCUACGCGCCCUACUCCAAGUCUGAUAAACUGGGACGAUUCGCGGACUGGAACGCCUUGCCGGUUCAGUCGCAGGCGCAGGCGCAGACGCAGACGAAGCGCGCUGGUGGAGGGGGAGGGGGGACGCAGGCGUAUGGGAGCGGGACGGCUAGUGCGUUUGCGUAUUUCCAUGCGGAGGACGAGGCGAGUUUUUCGUUGGUGGAUAAUACGGCGGGGAAGAGUGCGGUUGUUGGGAGGGGACGUGGGGGCGCUAGGGGGGGUGGUGGACGUGGGGGUAGGGGUGGGUCGGGUAGGGGUGGUGGAGCGGGAGGGACUCAGCAAGGCGGGAGAGGCGGGGCGCAAGGUGGGAGAGGGGGCGGGAGGAGGAAUUGGAGGGAUUGGGAGAAGAGUAAUCGGGCGAGAGAGAGUAGUGUUGUGAUUAGCCCGAGUUGGGAUUUGAAAGAGGAGAUUGAGUUUCAUAGGCUUGCGAAGCUUAGGUUGGACGUUGAUGAGCCUGAGGAUAUCGACUCGUACGGCCGAUUAUACGAAUACGACAAAUCCUACGAUAGGAUAACCACCAAGAGCGAGAGGCCCUUGCAGAUCCUCGACAGGCUCAAAUACAACCCAACCACAUCAGACGACCCCGUCAUCCAAUCCCUGCACGCCAAACAACCCCCCGGCACCGUACGGAUCUACACAACCGACACGAUCCUCUCCGUGCUCAUGUGCGCCACGCGCUCCGUCUACCCCUGGGACAUCGUCAUCCUCCGCACCAAAAACGCGCUAUUCCUCGAUAAACGCGACGGGGGCCCCUUUGACACUGUCACCGUCAACGAGAACGCUACGGACCCCCCCUCGGCAGAAGGCCCGAGUAUCAACACCCCGUUGAAUUUGAGUCUGGAGGCGACGUUUAUUAACCAGAAUUUUGGAUUCCAGAGUGUGGAUGAGAGAAGGCACGUGGAUUUGGGUCAUCCGAAUCCGUUCCAUCCGCCCGAGGAGAGGGAGCCUCUGGCGUCGUGUGGGUAUAGGUAUAGGGAGUUUGAUUUGGGGAUUAGCGAGGAUGAGGAUGUGAAGAUUGUUGUGCGGACCGAGGUGGAUGCUGUUCUUCCUGGGACGGGCGGGACGGGGUACGCGACGAUCCGCGCGUUGAACGAGUACGAGCCCAAAGCGUGCGGAGCCCCCGAUUGGCGCACGAAGCUGGACAGCCAACGCGGAGCGGUCGUAGCCACCGAGAUGAAAAACAACUCUGCCAAGCUCGCGCGAUGGGCUGUCCAAGCCCUCCUCGCGGGGUCCGACACGCUCAAAGUGGGGUACGUGAGCCGGGUGAGUGCGCGGGACAAUACGCGGCAUGUGGUGUUGAGCACGGCGAGUAUGAGGCCGGGGGAGUUUGCGGGCCAGUUGAAUGUGGGGGUGAGUAAUGGGUGGGGGGUGGUGAGGUGUGUGGCGGAUGUGUGUUUGGGCUUGGGGGAGGGCAAGUUUGUGUUGGUGAGGGAUCCGAAUAAGCCGGUUGUGAGGUUGUAUGCUGUGCCGAUGGGGACGUUUGUGGACGAGGAGGAGGAGGGCGGCGAGGCGGAGGGAGGCGGGGCUGCGGAGGAGGUGUGAGUGACUGGUGGCAUUUGUCUCUUCGUGUUGCCAUGAACAAAAUAAAACGACACGAGCAUUUUUCCCUUGUUGGCGUGUACCUAGUCGCACGCACGCAGUUCCCUUCCCCAGAUCUCGCGAUCUUGUAAAUUCCGGUUUACAUAUGCAUACAUAUGAACCCGUAGUCUGCAUGUUUAUUGCGCAUUUUCGAAUAUUCGAACCGCGUGGAUAACACCCGGCUUAGUGAAUCCCUCACCGAACUCUCCAUCGGAUAUUAAA